CAACGACACAAGUCCUGAGUUUCUUAUCGACAGUCAGAGAGCAAUACUCGAGGCACAGCUGUCUGAAUAGCUUUGACUGUCUGCCUGUUUCCUCCAGCAUUACCAGUUGUUUCCAAAGAACAAAGUUCUCCAGAUCUAUCGUCACUGGAGCUUGGAUAGAGCUUCACCCCACCGACGUACCGUUUUCGAGCUCUGCAAACGCGCACAAGCAAGCUACCUGCAAUCUCAAUCUCUCAAAAGACAGCUACAAUGGAUGACCUGCUAUCGAAACUCCUCUCGUUUCCUCCUCAUCCGCCUCCUCAUAUUCCUCUCUCCGACCAACAAUACGAUGAUGGCAUCAAGGACCAGAUCGAGACCGUGAAGAACAUUUCCGGGCAAAAGAUGCUACAACAAACAUCUGGUGGUGAGAAUAUGUUAGAGGUCAUCAAUCCGGCUCUCAACACGAUUCCUUACGCUUUCUGUUUGGUUGCCAACCUCGAAGCAGUCGUCAAGAACACUGGCAAGGGCGUGAAUAUGGAUACACUGUGGGGAAAGAUGAUUGAAUUCCUGGAUGUGUUUGAUGCGAGGCAGAUCAGAUAUAUUGGCGAGGAAUUCAGCUACAUUAUACAAGGUGUGGAGGAGUUUGCACGCAAUUCUCGACAGGGAUAUCUCGCAGUCGCUCCAAUCAGAAAUGCAAUCCUACGCCUGGAUCCCUCUGGAAGUAUGCUCACUGCAAAUCAUAUCAUCCUAGCCAAACUCGCACUAGAGACACGAAACUACCAAGAUGCUGCGCCGGUCCUGAAGAAGUUUAUACUAUACGUUCCGGGCUAUUCGGCACUACCCAGACCAAAAUAUCCGUGCGACAUGACUCUCAGUCCUGCCGCUUUCAUCACACCUGCAAGUAAACUCAACACGAAGCUUAAAUACCAAGAUGUCCUCGAAUACUUCUUGUACAGCGGAAUGGUACACAUUGGGUUAAGGGACUGGGAAAAUGCAUUUCACUGCUUGGAGAGCGCUGUCACGUAUCCGACCAAGGAUAUGUCUCCCAGUAAGAUAAUGAUAGAUGCUUACAAGAAAUGGAUUCUUGUUGGCCUGUUGUUAGAGGGAAGAUUACUGCCUCUACCGAAGUCAACCAGUAGCGGCCCGUCAAAGAACUAUCAUACCCUAGCGAAGCCUUACGAGACCCUCGCCCAGAUAUUCGAGAAUGGUUCCGCAUCAAGACUGAAGUCUGAAGCAGAUGCUGGCGUAACAUGGUGGAGAAAUGAUAGCAACACAAGCCUGGUUCUUCAAGUUCUGGCUGCUUAUCAGCAGUUUCAGAUCCGUCAGUUGGCCAACAUCUACAGCAAGAUCUCGAUCCCCGAAGUUGUCAGCUUGACUACGAGCGCCGAGACUGGAUACAAGUUGACAACACCUCAAGCAGGCGAAACUCUUGUUCAGUCCAUGAUCCAACGCGGUGAUUUACAUGCCACGCUCAGCCGUCCUCCAACUGGUCCUCCAAUCCUCACUUUCUCUCCCUCCGGAACUGCUUUGUCGGAGCCGCAGAUGCAGAGAGAAUUGGCAGCCUCAACAGCACGCAUUCAAGCCUUGACUAACGAGAUUAAGCAAACCGACCGUAUGCUCACCCAUGACACCCAAUACAUCAAGUUUGUUGUGAAGCAGAAGAAGAACAAAUCGACUGGCGAGGAGGGACCUAUGCAAGAGUGGAAUGAGAUUACCGAGGACGAGGAUAUCAUGGCGAUGUACUGAGCUACUUCAGUUACGGCACACGUGGAACGAAAAGUUGGUGGACUUUUAUCUGGUCAUCUUCCGUCUGACUGGACCUGGAGGAUGACAUAUUGAUCUUGACGAGGAAAUGCAUAAUGAAGAAUGAAGGAUGACAGAGCGAGGGUGUUGCUGUGUGCUAAGCCGGAACUUUUGGUUCCUUGUUUGUCCGAGCAAGUGGCGGGCGUAUUGCAUGAGGCUGGCUAGCUGCAUUCAAUGGAGGAUAGCGUCGAACGACAUAUAAUAUCAUGAGAGAUGGCAUGGCCAUUGUUUGGUCGAUAGCAAUAAGCGAAAAAUGUCUAUUUGGGAUGAACUUGGUGAGAGGGAGGUGGAUCAGAUACCAGAAUAAACUAUCGAUGAACGACUCUGACACAUUUCACACAUUGCACUACUUGAACUUUGUGCAGUACUCGUUCCAAAAAAC